AUGAGUUCUUUCCAAGAGGUGUCCCAACAGGUUGGAAACCAGCUCAAACGCCUGUUCCCCGCCGCAGACAGAGUUCCUGCGCUUUCUGUCGGGCUGUCGGUUUUUUUGGUGCUUGUUUAUCUUUUUUCCGUCGCCAAUCCAUGGAUACUGGACGCGUGGUGUUUAUCACCCCAGGCCCUUCCCAACUUUGAACUCAGCAGAUUGACCACCUACACAUUGAUCCACGAGAACUUCUUCCAUCUGCUGUUCAACGUUGCGUCUCUGUAUGGCCCAUUGAGUCAGUUCGAGGUGCAGAACGGGACCGUCCACACCGCUGUUGUGUUGAACUUCCUGGCCACAUUUGUUGGUGUUCCAUACUGUCUGUGCGGCCUGUUGUUCUACCCAGAGACCAGCGUUCUGGGAGCAUCCGGAUGGUGUUUCUCGAUGCUCAGCUACUACUACUAUCUGCGGUCGCAAACCGAGGAAACCGUGAAACUGUACAGGGUGGACGUUCCAACAACCAUGGUGCCGUUCGUGUUCCUGCUUGUUGUGGGUGUUUUGGUGCCUAGUUCGAGUUUCAUGGGCCAUUUGAUUGCGAUUUUCGCGGGUUAUGCGCUUGGAUACGGGUACUUGAAACAUUUCACCAACCCGCCAUUCCGGCUGAUCGAGCGGAUCGAGGCGGCGUUGGAUAGCGUGAUCGAUAGACUGCCAGCCCAACUGCACUACAUCAAAGAACACGAGGUGAGCCAGGAACGGUACGUGCUUCCGUCCCAUGCAGGACAAGUUCUGGGAACAAACAGAGUUUGA